UUUCACUUCUUUCCUCAGAAAAGCAUCCCCUGCGACUUGUGUAAAGAAGUUGUAACGGUAGUUGGGAAGGUUUUGAAGGACAAUGGCACAGAGGAUGAGAUCCGCUCUUACAUGGAUAAGACAUGUGAAUUCCUUCCUGACCCAGACCUGGUUUCUGAGUGCAAGGAGGUUGUGGAUGACUACCUCCCAGUUGUCAUGGACAUGAUCAAGGAAGAGUUGGACAAGCCUGAAGUGGUGUGCAGUGCCCUUUCAUUGUGUCAGUCCCUCCAGAAGCAUCUUGCUGCAAUUAAACUUCAGAAACAGCUCCAGUCCAACAAGAUACCUGAACUGGACUUCUCUGAACUGGCAUCUCCUUUUCUUGCUAAUGUGCCUCUUCUUCUUUACCCUCAAGAUGAGCCCAAGAAGGAGUCUCAGGGGAAUGGGAAUGUAUGUGAAGACUGUGUUAAGCUGGUCACUGAUGUUCAGGAAGCUGUGAGAUCCAACUCCUCUUUUGUGAAUGCCUUGAUUGCUCAUGUCAAGGAGGAAUGUGAACAUUUGGGACCUGGCAUGGGCGAACUGUGCAAGAACUACAUCUCUGAGUAUUCAGACUUGGUUAUCCAAAUGAUGAUGCACAUGCAACCGAAAGAGAUCUGUGCAAUGGUUGGAUUAUGUCUUUCUCUGAAGUCUCUCCCCCUCCAGACUCUGGUACCAGCUAAGAUGAUUCACGAAGCUAAGAUGGAAACUCUAGAGAAGCCUAAUGUGCAGAAAAACCUGGUGCAAGAGAGUGCCUCCCCUGUGUGUGAUAUAUGUGAGACUGUGGUGAAAGAGGUUACUAGCCUGCUGGAGAGCAACAGGACAGAGGAAGAAAUAGUACAUGAACUGGAGAAGCUUUGCUCUGUGUUCCCUGAGGGCAUCAAAGAACAGUGCAGGGACUUUGUGGAAGUCUAUGGCAAGGCUGUCAUUGAUAUGUUGUUGGAAGCAACUAGCCCUGAAACUGUGUGCAUUCUGUUGAAGUGCUGUACAAGUGAUAGGCCUUCUCAGGCAGUGAAACCUGCUCCAGAGGAGUUGCAGGUUGGUGACUUCUGUGAUGUCUGCAAGAUGAUUGUGGCUUAUGCAGACAGAGAGUUGGAGAAAAAUGCUACAACAGCUGAAAUUGAGGCUGUAUUGGAAAAAGUCUGUCAUAUCUUGCCAGAAUCUGUCAGAGACCAGUGUGUUCAGUUUGUGGAGCAGUAUGAGCCAAUGGUUGUGCAGCUCCUGGCAGAGAUAAUGGACCCCACUUUUGUGUGUACUAAACUGGGUGUCUGUGGAUCAUCAAAACAGCACCUCUUGGGGGCAGAUGCAUGUGUCUGGGGCCCAGGCUACUGGUGUAAAAACAUGGAGACUGCAACUCAGUGCAAUGCUGUUGAGCACUGCAAACGCCAUGUGUGGAACUAGAAGAAAUCUUUCAAAUUCUGAAAUCAUCUGCCAUCAUUCUUAAAUUGUGGGGUGGAGCUGGUGGGAGAGUUGCAUCUCAGAAAUGUCCUUUUUCUCUCUUACCUCCUUAACCCUCAAGUUCCUUUUUAUUGUCAUUUUGUAGACGUGCUGCUAUAGAAGGAUCUGAUCUUCAUUGUUGAUCUAAUGGAAGCUAUUUUUGAUUUGUACAGUUCUAAUUCAUUGUGCCACAAAAGAAUAUGCAAUACAUGUGGAUUUUGACCUAUGGGGGGGGUGCCCUUUAGGUGAUGGGAGAGGUGGCAGAGUGAACGAGUGAAACAAAGUCUAAAUAGCUGUGUUUCUAACUAAAAAUGUGGACAGCAACUAAAUUAUAUUUAAAUGUUUUUCUUUGUAGUUGGCAUGUGGAGACUUUUGCCCUUGAAUGAUCUCUGUUUUUAACAGCUAAUAAGACUAUUAAAUUCUAAUUUGUAAAGAGCUAAUCUUUUCUUAUGUAAUCUCUGGAGGGGAACUCUAGGGUAAACGUGGAGUCCACAAAUCCCUUGGGCUGGAGUUUUCAAAGCUUUAUAUAUGUAUAGGGGGAAUUUGCAUACCUAAGGAACUUCCAAAAAAAAUGAGUGCUUAAUUUUGACACAACUUGUGUGUGUAUUGUGGUUUUGGGAUAGUGUUCUAGGAACAUAAUCUAAUGUUAACUGGAAAUGGUGGAACAGUUCUAUUUUCUACAGCGAACCCUGAAUUGGGCUCUAAGAAAGGGACGUUGCAAAGUAAAGGUAAUGGAGUAGAUCACGAUGGCCUUUAUGCAUUGAAAAAUUGAGAUAUCCAAGAGUAUGGUGAAACAGGGCAGUGAGUCCUGUUUCUCCUUGAAUGCGACCAAUGGUUUGUUGGCUGCCUAUAGGAAAUUGAAGAUUGAUUAGAAGGUUAGAGUGGGAGGGAAAGAAUAUUAUAAUGCAGGAAAACUAAAGUGGAGGUUUUGCAUACUGAUCUAAAACUGUAUGUCUUGAAGCAAACCUAAAAGCAAAGAUGAGAUGGGAUUAAAGCUUUGGCUCCACACAGGUGACCCAGGGAUGAAAAAAACACUCACCUUUUGCUUCUGUGAGCUAGGACCUCGGUCUUAAAAGCUCCCCACCAGAUGUGAAUGAAAAUGUAUGUAUAGCCACUUCUUGCAGUUUGGCUAAGAGAAUGAUCUGAAUGAGGUCUUGGUACCAUUACCACAAGAGGUCAAGACUGCUUAGGAGGUGCCAUGGCUUGCCUCUGUACCCUCUCGCCCUCAACUGAAUUUCCCUCCAAGUUGCCAGUGCUGUCACCAGAUCUCUUCUACCUAGUAUCCCAUGCAUCCAUUUAAUGACUUUAUGCAAAACUUUAUAGAGUACCCAUUAAUGCACAGAUUUACUCAGAGUUGAGGCAUAGCACUGAAAAGAUCGUUUCAUGACACAUUUCUGGCAAGCCACCUUGUUCAAUACUGGACUGUGCAUCUCUUUGUCUCUGCUAGCCAGUGAACUCACUUAACUUUCAGCAGGAAUAAUAUAAUCUGAAUAUUCGAGUUAUGUUUCUUUCCACAUCAAAGGGUCCUGUCCCGUCUAUUGCUUGCUUAUUAGAACAACAGAGUCCAUUUCAUGAGUUGGGGGGUAAGUUUUAAAGCGGAGUACAAUGAUAUGCUGCUGCUUCCUUUUAAUAACGCUUCGUAAGUGUGUUCGCAAACUCUUGUGUAUCGAGCACAGAACAAGAAGCCCAAUGGAAGAUGUUCCCUUAAGCAUAGAACUCUUGAGCAUGCUGCUGUAAGAGAAAGUCAUAAAUCCUCAGGGCAGGGGCAGCCCUGUGUAAUAGGCCUUGACUAAGCUUUAGCACCUGCAGUGCUGGACAGUGCAACCAGUUACCAAAAGCUGAGUGCAUAACACUGAACAGAAUAUAUAUAUUUUAAGAUGGAUAUAUGAAAUGCUUUGCUUUGCUACAGGUAUUGUCAAGACAUACAGCUGUGCCCAUAAUUCAGCUAGAGACCCAGAGAUGUAGAGCUUUGAAAAUUCCAGUAUUCUUCAGCAGGAGGUGCCAGUGACUGCUUUUAUGCAUGUGGGGGUGGUGUUGAAGGCAGGAAGAACCAAAGGAGAGUUCUAGCAGCACAUUUUUGGAGACAAGCAAACUCAUGAAGUUUUAACUGAAAACCACUCGGUUACAACUUUUUCUGCAUCUGUUAAUUUCUCUUGUAUAUACUGAAUGUCUGGGCAGUGUUAAGUUGACCAAGAUAUCAAGCUGCUUUGGCUCUUCUGUUUGUACUUGUACAGAAUUCAGAAAGUUUUCAUUGCUCAAAGUAAGGUGUAAAGCAUCUGCAGCUUUUCUCUUCAUGCCUUUUCAGGCUUGUGCAGUAGUCACAAUGAUGUAUCAGAACUGGGGACAAAGAUGUUCUUAGAGAACAAUGGUCUCUCCUUAACAUGCAUUUUUGUCCUAGAGGCACGAAGUAGAUGUGAUGCUGCACUGAACAGUGCAACCUUUAAACCUUCUGAACUAGAUGUCAUCCUCUAUUGUGGCUGGGUCUAAUACACUAGCUUUAUUUGGGUGGCAAGGUUUUAAUUUUCUCAGUUUUUUUGUUUGUAAAUCAUAGGUAUAGUAACCUUCUGUGGCAAGGUGACUUGAGAGAUGUCCUUCAUGGCACUUUUAACUCUGGUGCUUGGAACCUUUAGUUGUCUCCUCCUGUGGAAUGCUAGCACCUGUCCCCUGCUAGAUAUGAAGGAGGAAAACAUGCAGUUGCUUUCUCUAGAAUAUUGUUCAGAUUCUUUUUUUGACACAUGAGCUUCUUUAAUUAACAAUAAAGACUUCCUGUAAACCCCAA